GCAUGAGGCUCCAAAGCAGACGGUGUCUGUACAGCAGCUCCACACAAGUUUCAUUUCGGACUAUACGGCAUCAAGCUAUCUAAGUUGUUUCUAUUUUCAUGGAUUUAACUUCAACCACAGCCCAUCUUCAGUUACUUCGGGUGCUGAUCCAGCAGUCUGUGGACCUCCGAGGACCCCAGAAACCUAUAGAUCUGCCACUGAACAGCUGGAAAGAGAAGACGUGUCAGAAGUACAGGGGAUAAAAUUCAGAUAUGGCUGAAUCACAGGUGCUAAAGAACAUAGGGGAUGUGAUAGCAGUAGUGCUUCCGGACCUUCCUGAUCAACUUGUCAAGUCAGUUGAAGAUACUUUGAAAACACUUGGUGCCGCAACCACAGAUGAUUUAAAGUACAUUACAGAAAAUGACUUGCUGCCAGUGUUAAAGCCCAUACAAGCCCGAAGACUGGUUGCUGCCUGGACCCAAAAUAGUGAGUUCUCAGGGACUUUAACACCAAAAUCUGUGCAUUCAUCUCCAGUGGAUGUCUCUCCCUCUCCAUUCUCAAUUUCUUCUUCACCAGCAUCAUCCACCAGUACUUCAUCACCUUCAGGAAUUUGUACACCAUUAAUACCAAACUGGUUAGAGACAUUUGAAAUACCAUGGCAGAGGUUCCCUGAGGAGUUGGUACAGAACUUGGAAAGACAGAAAAGACCAAGUGCAAGACAAAGGCGAGAAAUGGUACGGAUCGUGGUCUCUGAAAUAAUGAAGAUUUGUAAGAAUCCAACCAAACACAACACUACAGAGAUAGCAAAAAGGAUGGUGGCCAGGUAUCCAAAGUCUCUGCAAGAUGUUAUUGAUGGUGAUGUUAUUGGACCAGGAUAUCAUUCUCUGGUGAAGCAACUUCAGGCAAGAGUUGAAAAUGUCAAGCGACCUGACACACCAAAGGUUAUAAAGCGCAAAGCAGCAUCAGAUGAUGAUGACACAGAUGAAAUACCUGCAGAAAAAAAAGCAAGUGUUCAAGACACCUAUGGCUGUAUUAGCUGGGAGCCAAAGCAUUUGCCACUCUCUGAGACUGUGGAGAGUCAGCUUGAAAAAAAAGAAGAAAUGAAGACAUUGUUUAAAAAGAACUACAGUACAGAUGUUGUGAAAAAACUAGUCAAGUGCACCUAUUACACCCAGCGUAAAGACAUCAACAAAGGGGUAAGCAUCCAGAAACUAUGCCAGGAAUGGCCCUUUCUCUUCAAUGAAGUUGGUAUGCCAGCACAUUUCCAAGAGCUGACUGGUGUGAAUCUGAUGGAGACCUUCCUUGCCAAUGUAGACAAAAAGGGGGCACGUCUGUUAAAGUUCCUGAGAAAUGUUGAUGCACAAAAACGCAAACAAGUCCUGAAUGCUCUUCUCAAGCUUCAGACAGAAAGAGGUCAGUCCAGUGGUUGUUCGCAAGAAGUCAUUGAGAUGCUGCUUCUUUUACUGGCUCAGUUUGAUGAGAAGGAAGAGCUUCUGUUUCACUGUGUUGAGACAACAAGCCUUGCACAGGAUGUUCAGAUGGAGAAAGUGCCACCAACACCCUUUAUUAUUGUUUGUGGUUCCUCCUGCUUCGCUGCUGAGACAUUCAUGUUGAGCAUCGACAAGAAGAUCGUUAAGGACCGCAUCACAACCUUCACCUCCGCCAUCUGCCUGAUGUUUGGCAGCUAUUACUGCUUUAACAUACACUACCCUGUGGAACUACGAUCAACACUGGAGUUCCUCCAACGGUGUUUCUUUUCCAUAAAUCCUGAAAGAGGCACCAAGGUUGAAUCCAAGAAGAAAAAAGUGUUCUCAGUCAAUCCCAGAGUCCUCACUCUCAUCUCAGACAUUGCUGACUAUGAGUGGAUCUAGUCCUACCCCUCUUGUUUUGGAUGAUAAAGGUGUGUUACAUAUUCUACAGAUGUUUUUGUUGUUGAAACAAUUGUUACAUUUCUGAAUGUCAGCGAAAAGUUUUUAACAAUUUGAAGUUUUACUAAACCAGAUUUGUUAAAGUACCGGUUCAAUUUUUUUUCGUUUCACUGUUAGUUCCAGGAGUUUCUUUGAUUUUAAUUUGCCUACUUUUUUAAGAUUUGUGCAUUCUAAUGAUGUAAAAAGGUACACUGCAUAUACAUCGCUAGUUAGCAUUUUGUCAAUCAAAAAGUUUUCAAAAGAAGUGUAAAUUUUUUUAUUUUUUUUUUAUUACAUGAUGCAGUUCGAAGAUGUAGUUUCAGCUUUACCGCACAGUUCUGUGUGUAAAAUAAGUUGAUAGAGACUUGUUCCUGGAAUUUCUUGAAUUCAGAUUUUAUUGAAAUAGAAAAAUUGUUUCUUUUCCUGUAACUGCAUUUGCAAAUGUAAAAAAAAAGAAAAGGAACAUUUUACAUAUUUUAACAUGUUUGUAGUUAGAACAGCACCAAUAACACUAUGGUAACAGUGUUUGUAAAUUUUCUGCCAGUUAAUGUAAAAUAUAAUGUAUGCUCAGCUUAUAAUACUGGUGUUGCACAAUUUAAAGAGAACUUGUAAGCAUUUCUUCCAUGAUUACUUACUCUGGCUGUCAUUGAGACAAUCCUUUGUAGUUUGAGUGAAAAUGUUAAUAAUUGAUGUUCACAACUUCAAAG